CAAUUUAACAAGUAAAAAGGUCACAAAAGAAAUUAUAAAAGAAAUCUAAAAUUGUAUUUCGGCCCCCAGGCAAAGCAAACUCAAGGGUCUAGCUCUUUAUUAAGGUCUCUCUCUUCACUAGUCCGUUAAUACGCUGCGCCUCUUCAACCUUUCAGAUUGUUCCAGAACCCCUAAACCCUUUCCUCCUUCUUCGAUCGCUUUUUCUGAUAUUCUUUUUGACUGAGAUCAACCGAAGAUGAGCGUGGUUGGUUUUGAUUUUGGUAACGAGAGCUGCAUUGUUGCUGUUGCGAGGCAAAGGGGGAUUGAUGUCGUGCUCAAUGAUGAGUCCAAGCGUGAAACUCCUGCAGUUGUAUGCUUUGGUGACAAACAACGGUUCCUUGGGACAGCUGGGGCUUCGUCUACUAUGAUGAACCCAAAGAACUCGAUCUCACAGAUAAAGAGGUUAAUUGGUAGACAAUUUGCUGAUCCUGAAUUACAGCGAGAUCUGAAGUCAUUGCCUUUUGUUGUAACUGAAGGACCCGAUGGAUAUCCAUUAAUUCAUGCCCGGUACUUGGGUGAAACUAAAACAUUUACACCUACCCAAGUAUUCGGAAUGAUGCUAUCAAACCUUAAAGAAAUAGCUCAGAAAAAUCUGAAUGCUGCUGUUGUUGAUUGCUGCAUUGGAAUUCCAGUUUAUUUUACUGAUCUUCAGAGAAGAGCAGUCUUGGAUGCUGCCACUAUUGCAGGUUUGCACCCACUGCGCCUGUUUCAUGAAACGACAGCAACUGCAUUGGCUUAUGGAAUUUAUAAGACGGAUCUUCCUGAAAAUGAUCAGCUAAAUGUUGCCUUUGUUGAUAUUGGACACGCUAGCAUGCAAGUGUGCGUUGCUGGAUAUAAAAAGGGUCAGCUGAAAGUGCUGGCCCAUUCAUAUGAUAGGUCCCUAGGUGGGAGGGACUUUGACGAGGUUCUUUUCAAUCAUUUUGCUGCAAAGUUUAAGGAAGAGUACAAGAUUGAUGUAUUCCAGAAUGCUAGGGCUUGUAUAAGGUUGAGGGCUGCUUGUGAGAAGCUGAAGAAAGUGCUUAGUGCUAAUCCAGAGGCACCUUUGAACAUUGAGUGCUUAAUGGAUGAGAAGGACGUUAGAGGCUUUAUCAAGCGUGAUGAGUUUGAGCAACUAAGUCUUCCAAUAUUGGAACGAGUGAAGGGACCUUUGGAGAAGGCACUUGCAGAGGCAGGUCUUACCGUUGAGGAUGUGCACAUGGUUGAGGUGGUUGGUUCUGGUUCUCGUGUACCAGCUAUUAACAAAAUAUUGACUGAGUUCUUCAAAAAAGAGCCUAGGCGGACAAUGAAUGCAAGUGAAUGUGUUGCCAGGGGUUGUGCAUUGCAAUGUGCAAUUCUCAGUCCAACUUUUAAAGUGCGGGAAUUUCAGGUCAAUGAAAGCUUUCCUUUCUCAAUUUCUCUCUCGUGGAAAGGUUCCAGUCCUGAUACACAGGAAAGUGGACCAGAUAAUAAGCAAAGUACCCUUGUAUUUGCCAAGGGCAAUCCCAUACCAAGUGUCAAGGCACUGACAUUCUACAGGUCAGGAACCUUUUCUAUUGAUGUUCAAUAUGAUGAUGUGAGUGGUUUGCAAACACCUGCAAAGAUCAGCACCUAUACUAUUGGCCCUUUCCAAUCUUCACAUAAUGAAAAGGCAAAAAUUAAAGUCAAAGUUCGGUUGAAUUUGCAUGGAGUUGUAUCAGUCGAAUCUGCAACUCUCGUGGAAGAGGAAGAGAUUGAGGUUCCAGUUUCCAAAGAAUCUGCAGCAGAAAAUACCAUGAUGGAAACUGAUCAAGCUCCUGCUGAUGCUGCCGCACCUCCUAGCACCAAUGACAAUGAUGUUAACAUGCAAGAUGCUAAUGCCAAAGCAACUGCUGAAGCCCCUGGGGCCGAAAAUGGUAUCCCUGAGACAGGAGAUAAGCCUGUGCAAAUGGAUACUGAUACCAAGGUUGAGGCUCCAAAGAAGAAGGUGAAGAAAAUAAACAUUCCUGUUGCAGAGUUAGUUUAUGGAGCAAUGGUAACCGUGGAUGUCCAGAAAGCUGUAGAGAGGGAAUUUGAAAUGGCUUUGCAAGAUCGAGUGAUGGAGGAAACAAAAGACAAGAAAAAUGCAGUAGAGGCUUAUGUUUAUGACAUGAGAAAUAAGCUUAAUGACAAAUACCAAGAGUUUGUCACUGAUUCAGACAGGGAAGCAUUAACUGCUAAACUUCAGGAGGUGGAAGACUGGCUAUAUGAGGAUGGUGAAGAUGAAACUAAAGGUGUAUACAUUGCCAAACUAGAAGAGCUCCAGAAGCAAGGUGAUCCAAUUGAAGAGCGAUACAAAGAAUACAUGGAGAGGGGUACAGUAAUUGAUCAGCUCAAAUAUUGCAUAAAUAGUUACAGAGAAGCUGCAAUGUCAAAUGAUCCCAAAUUCGAUCACAUUGACAUCAACGAGAAACAGAAGGUCUUAAAUGAGUGUGUGGAAGCAGAGAACUGGCUCAGGGAGAAGAAACAGCAACAGGACUCACUUCCAAAAUAUACCACUCCUGUACUUUUGUCAGCUGACAUAAGAAAGAAAGCUGAAGCUGUUGACAGGUUCUGUAAGCCUAUUAUGACAAAACCAAAGCCAGCACCAAAGCCAACCACUCCAGAAGCGCCAGCAACCCCACCUCCUCAGGGUGGUGAGCAGCAACAACCACCAUCUCAAGAGAAUCCUAAUGCUAGCACUAAUGAAAAUGCUGGGGACAAUGGUAAUGCUGAACCAAUGGAGACUGACAAAUCAGAGAACACCGGAUCUGCAUAAUUUUUGUUGUUGAUUUUGCCUGGUCUCUUAUGUUUUGUAUAACAUGAACUGUGGUUGCAAAAAUAGAUAUGGAUGGAUGAGUUAUGCCGAGAUUCUUGCUGGAAAAAUAGGUAAUGGGUGAAUUAUGGUCCUUGUGAUCCAGAUUUUUUUUUUUUCCUUUCAAAGCUACGUUUCUAGGUUUAGAUUAUUUGUGUACCAUUUUCUAUUUUCUAUUUCUACAAGUGGAAUUACAAUACUUGUUUUCUUGAGUUAAAUGCUCAGAUAUUCCUUUUGCGAGGCAUUAUA